UUGCAAAAUAUUUUUUUUACAUUCACAUCAUUUAUUUGUGGCAGCUUUUAGUAAUAAAAUGGGAUACGAAUCUUGUAGUCUUGUAUUUGUUUGUUAUUGUUGUGUCGCGAUUUAAACUUUAAAACAUUAUAUAUAAAUAGUACAAUCAAUCUAGUCAUUAUUAUGACUUCGUUAUAUCAUCGUAUGAUUGCGAAAUAUUCGUAAAGUGUAUUGUUUUGUUGUAAGACACACGAGAAACAUUUAUACUCUCACAAGUAGUAAUUUCUACUUCCUGUACGAAAUGUUGUUUCUGACAAGAUUUCUAACAAUUAUAAUCAUGCUAGGCUAAUACGCAAUAUUUACAAUGGAUUCCAGUCCAGAUUGGUUGUAUGAGAUACUGCAAAAUGUGCAACUUGAACAGUUUUAUCUGCCUAUUAAAGAUGAGCUACAGAUAACAAGAUUAGCACAUUUUGAUUAUGUGCAUUCGGAAGACCUUGAAAAGAUUGGCAUCAGUAAACCAGGCAUUCGGCGACUACAAGACGCUGUUAGGAAAAAGAAGCUACAACUGUGGAAUAGAAAAUUUUGGAACAAACUGUUUGGAUCGUCAAGCUCUGCAUCCCGUGAAAAGACUGAAGUAGUAAAGCCACAAGCGCUGACUGACUCUAGAACAACUAGUUUUAUAUUAGAAAAAGAUGUUAUUUUGUACAACGAAUUAGGCAAUGGAUCAUUCGGAGUAGUCAAAAGGGGUGAAUGGAGAGUCUCAGAUCAAGUGAAACUGCCGGUGGCCGUGAAGGUGUUAAAGGAAAGUGUAUUCUCUCAACCAGGAGUAUACGAAGACUUCAAGAGAGAAGUGGAGGCUAUGCACAGCUUGAAACACCCCAACUUGAUCAAGUUGCACGGUGUUGUGUUUUACCCUCUAAUGAUGGUGUGUGAGCUGGCCCCCAAGGGAGCCCUGUUGGACUUCAUCAGAUCGCAGAACGGUAAACUCUCCCUGAGCUACAUAUCCAAGUGGUCUGAACAAGUGGCCGCUGGGAUGGCAUAUUUGGAGAAGAGUAGAUUUUUGCACAGAGACCUGGCAUGCAGAAAUAUAUUGUUGACUAGUUAUGAAUUGGUAAAGAUCGGUGACUUCGGUCUGAUGCGGGCGCUGCCGGACGCGGACGACUGCUACGUGAUGAGUGAGCCGCGCAAGGUGCCGUUCCCGUGGUGCGCGCCCGAGUCGCUCCGCUCCAGGCACUUCUCGCACGCCUCCGACGUGUGGAUGUUCGCCGUGGCGCUCUGGGAGAUGUACUCCUUCGGCGAGGAUCCUUGGAUGGGUUUGAACGGCUCGGAGAUCCUCCGGCUGGUGAUGCGCGAAGGGCAGCGGCUGUCGCAGCCGGACGCGUGCCCGCCCGACGUGUACAUGCUGAUGAUGCAGUGCUGGGACCUCAACCCCAAGGAGCGGCCCUCCUUCCUCGGCAUACAGAGGUUCAUGGAGACCAACAAAUGUGAUGCCGCCAUUGCUAACCUUAGCUAUCGGAAACACGGACAGAUGUCGAUAGAAGCGGGCGACAAGAUCAUAUGUAUCGACAAGCGGCCGGAGCUGCACUGGUGGAAGGGACAGAACCAGAGGACCAUGGAGAUUGGCCUUUUCCCCAGUACGCUGGUGACAAUAAUGAAAAACAAAAAGGGUUCAGAUGUGGCCAAGAAAUCUCAGCCAGUUUCACCUGUACGGAAAGGGUCGGUUCCAACGAACGGCUUCCAAGACGAGCUGGAAGCGCUCCGUAAGCGCCGCACGAUCGAGUCGACGCAACCCACCAGCACGCGCGCCGGCAACACGGCGAGCAAACACUUCAACUACAGCAAGCUGACCAACGACAGGACGGCGAGCGAGCGCCUGUCCAGGGCUGACAGGGACCAGCACUCCAAGAGCCUGAACCAAGUGAAGGAAGAUUUGCUGAUCGACAUAGAUUUGCCGCCGUGCACCAUGAACGUCACGGCUAGCAACAAACCGCCCAAUAUGAACAUCUCGCUGUUGGACGAGCCUAUAGAUGUUCCAGAAUUAGAUACUAACUGGGGACAACAAAGUAUAGAAAGCUUACCAACGUACAGCACAGAAACGCAAAAUCGAGUCCUCCCCAAUCUCUAUGGUGCCAAGUCUUUGGACGGACUUAACAGGACAUCAACACUCGCGACAUACUCUACCCAACCUCUCACACUUGACCCUUUACAGUCUGUAACCAUAGACAAUAAGAGACCACAAUUUAUAUCACAGACCUUUACAAAAAUAAAUGGUAGAUAUGUUCGUACUGACCCACCAAUGGAAAGUGAAAUAGUGAACGAUUUACCAACAAGAUCUAACACAGAAAGUAAUCUAUACAAUAAUGCAACACCAAGUCAUUCAACAAAUCAUACGCCAUAUGGAACUAUCUCGAAUAACGCUCUCUUUAAUAUAAACGAAUCUAAUAUAGUUAAACCCUUAGAACAUAUGUCUUUAGAUGACAGAAUUUCAGAAUCCCUGAAUCUCAGAUCCAAGAAUACAAAUAGUGAAAACAUAUACGAGAAUAGUCAAGAUUACAGACAGACAAACCCUAUAUACAGUAAUACGAUGAGCAAUGAAAAUGAUUUUCCGAUAUACAGCAAUUUUGAUGCAACGACAAAUCAACAGCAGUUCAUAUUGGAGAAGGACUAUUACACAAAGUUCUCCACACCGUCUGGUAGUCAGACAACAUAUGAGAAGAACAUGUAUGUACCACAUUAUGGAGAAGAAGGUGAAAAGUUGAAGAAUUUCAGUGAAUCUCUGGAGAACUCGAAGAAUUACUCCGCAUUAAAGUAUCAGAAUAUAGAUUAUUAUUCGAGUGAUUAUGGUGCGUCGACUUCGCGAGUUCUUUACGAUGAGGUCAAUGACACGGCUAGUAAUAUUUAUAGUGAGAUUGGUGAAGUGCAAAGUGAGAUUGGUGACGUGUAUUCAAGUGCAAACUAUUCUACCCCGUGUUUGUAUGACGAAGUGUAUGAACCUGUGCCGAGGCCUCAUCGACCGGCCCCCCCUUGCCCUUAUCAACCUAAGUGAGUUAAUAAAAAGUAAAUAGUAAAUAUACACCGUGAAGUUGCCUUCGUCUUGAACGGAAAUCCCACAUAGAUUCUCAAUCGAUUAUUUUAAAACAUCCUGUAUUUUUAAACAUCUAUCUACUCGCCGCAAUGCUGCUAUUCGGCUCAUCGGUUCUUUUGAGAUCAUUCACUUUUGCCUAAACUAAGCCAAAGUUCAAUGACUUCAUACUUAUGAAACAGAAUUAAACAGGAUGUGUAAAUUUUUUUCAUAAAAAUUUUGAGGUCUUUUUUAAUAUUAUUAUGGGGUUUCUUGUAUUGGACUAAUAAAUGUCGGGGCGGCUUACAGACGGUGAAACUAGCACAGUGUACAAUAUAUUAUAUAAGAGAGGAUUGUGUGUAUGUACAUUGUAAGGAAUUACCAAAAACUGAAAUGAGGCGGUAAUAUAAAGGCAAAACAAAUUUCAUGCCUCUAUAUCUGUUCAAACUAAUUUUCAAAACAAGUUAACAGUUUCUCAUAAGAACAUUACACUUAGCUUUAAGUAACGACUAAAUGUUUCUUUAAUCUCAAUUAAAUGAUAAAUAUCCUAAUAGGUGUCAUCCUAUUUGACUAUGAGCUGCUACUAUGUGAUGUAAAUAGCCUAAAAUUACUAGUAUAAAAAGGAUAUCAAGUCAAUCAGUCUAUCUAUUCUGGGAAGUCUGUUUAACUUUGCAUGUAAUGGUAAAAUGACUGAUCAAGCAUGUGUGUGUAUAAACUGACGGUUUGUCAGUAACCCAGGCUACGGACCUGCAGUUUGACGGACUGUUCAGUUAAAUUGUCUGUGUGAAGUGAAGAAUAAUUGAAUGUUUUGAUUAAAUAAAAUUGAAGGUCUGUAGCCCGCAUUGAAGGACAUUGGUUCAGUAUAGCCAAAUAGAAUUUCUGUUUAUAUAAUUUUGUAUUAUAAACUAAAAUACAGAUGUUGGAUAUUCUGCUAUGACUAUGACUAUUUUUAUGGAAAUCCUAUUCUAUGUGUUUGUAUGUCUAUAACUUGAUGUGUAAAAUUAAGCAAAUACUCAAAAACACUGUCAACGAAAUUAGAAUUAAAUGUUGCCAUAUUCUACAUAUUUCUAUAGUAUUUCUGUUGAAAUAUAACUGAGAUUAUAAGGAUACCAUUAACUGUUCCUUAUCAGAGUAUAUUACAAAAUUAUUCAUGUCUAUAAUAAAAUGGCAGCUAAUUAAGAUUUAUGUACAAUUUAGAAAAGUGUUUUAAUAUUUUAGAAAAAAUGCAACUAAUUAAAAAGUUUAUGUUUAUAAAUAAUAAUAUUUCAUUGAAAACUCAAUUAGGUUUUUAAUUUUAAUUAACGGAAUUUAAUAUGAUGUUUACAAUAUUGUAACCACUGUAUGAUAUUGACUGUAGUUUGUAACUUUGUUAUAUGUUACAAUUUUAUAUAACAAUGUUGACAUGUUGUAUAACAGAAGUUUAACAACAUGUUAUUUAAACUCACUCUAAUAGUCAUAUUUUUAUAAGGAUUAGAAAAAUUAUUGAUCGCUGCUAUAUUUAUUUACUAAUAAAAUGAGAUUUAUUAGAAUAAAUGAUUAACAAGAAUGUAUAUAAUAUUAUAAAAAUAAUAAUUUGACCUAUAUUACAAUUUUGUUUACUAAGCUAAAUGAAUAUAUGACGUCACAGAUAUAGCUGAUGUUAAAAAUCGUUUAGCACAUAAGUGCAUUCUUCAACAUUACCAUUAAAAAAUAUUCGGCUAAAGAUGCAUUUAUAUUAAAAAAUAUAUACAGGGUGCUCGGGAGUAUUUUCCAUAACUUUAACUUUAUGGUGUUGUAGAGUCCACAUAAAGUAGCAGAACUGCAAAACUAACAUUUUUUUAACUAAAAAAUUAAAACGUUUUAUGUUUUCAUACAAAGUAAUUCAAAUAAGUCUGACUAUCCAUGUAACACACGCCUUUAUCUUAAAAUAUUACAUUUUAAAAUACGUAAAACUUGGCUACGUUAUAACUAUAAGGAUGCGUAUACGGGACACAUUUUAAGAUCUAUUUACAAAAGAAAUCUUAUUUACCCAGAAAAUAUUAAUUUUAGAAGACAUGUUCCUGGAACAUUUUUAAUUAAUUUUCGGUAAAGAAUGUAACCUCAGAGUUAUGGGAAAUGCUCCCGAGCAUCCUGUAUAUCACUGACUGAACGUUCUAAGGCUGCAAACAUUGGUAAAUUCUUCAAUUAAAAUUUGUUUGAAUAAUGAAUAAAAAAAAUUAAUAAAAUACAUUAAAGGUAUUAAAUAUUCAUACACAUUGUAAAUAUCGAUUCAUCACAUACUGCAUAAUAUUAAAAUAUAUAUUUCUAUCGCCAAAUAGGAACAAUAAAUAUUUUUAUGUACCUAGAGUGUAUAAGUAUACUAAAUGUCUAAGAAACUCCGAUGAGAAGAUAUUAUUAAAAUACAUAAUUAUUAGAAUUAAUGUUUAUUUUUAAAUAUAAAAUGUACCUGUAGUAUUUCAGUAAGUUUUUCUUUUCUAGAAUUAAUUGAAAAUUGGCAGCUAAUUUCCUAAACUUCAGCCAUUGUAGUAUUAGAGGGAGAGAGAGAGUCUGUGGUGGUCAGAUCUUUGUUGUUUUGUAAAAGUUUGAAGUUUGUAAGCCUAUGCUAGUAGGUAAGAUUAGAAGGGAACACAUCGUAUGUAAUAACUAGCGGACGCCCGCGACUUUGUCCGCGUGACUGAUGAUGAAACUCGAUGGAAACUUUUAACCCCUAUUUUCACCCUUAGUUAAUAUUUUUACAAGUUAAUGUUACUUAGUUAAUACCUAGUCCACUAAUCAUUUUACAAACAGAUAACUUGAAACGUGAUCGAUUUAUAUAAAAAAAACUUCAACCACUUUUUCACCCUUUAAGUACCGCUAGAAUUUUUGGAAAAUCUUGAAGAACAUUAUUUUUAGUAUUAUUCAAAGUAAUUUUUUUUAACAGUAACAGUUUUGACCAUGACACGCACUCAAACCAUAAUGACCAUGACACGCACUCAAACCAUAAUGUAUUAUAUUCUAUUGCCAUUAUGAAGCCAGUGAAAACUAUUUACUUUUUUGAUCUUUUUGCUAAACUUAUUCCGACUAAUAUUAUUGUUUAACCUAUGUUAACAUAACUAUUAAGUAAAUUGUUUUGCUCAUAAAAUGUACAAUAUUAAUUAUUAUAGAGCAAUAUUGGACUUCGGUGUCCUUACUUGUAAAAUAGAAAUAAAAUAAAUAUAAAAACAAUUUAUUUCAAAAAAGGUGCUAUCAAUUUCUAAUCAUUAAAUACAUAUUUCUAACUAUCGAUUUAGUAGUACUCCAACACCACAGUAAAUACAUAUAAACAGUAUUCCAACUCGGUCGUAUCUUUGAAAUAAAUACAUACAGCCGCGCGGUAAGUAAACAUAUGAUAGGGUUGCCGCCUCCAGCAUUUUAAUUACAUUUGCCAACUUUGUGUUUUCAUUAAAUUUUGUGAUUGUAAAUAUACUUUUUUUACAUAAACAAAUUAAAUACUUCAUGAAUUGAAUAGCAAAUGUUCAAUAAAAAUGCGUGUUGUUUUUUGAUUGGUAGAUUUAAUUAAAACAACAUGUUGAUUGAAUAACAAAUCGGUCUUAUUUCGCGACCGAAAAAUGAGGAUGGUCUGCCUAUCGCAGGCUUACAUACCAUAAGUGACAACUUUUCAAAGUGGUCUUGAAUUGUUCAAUAUCGUUCUACUAGAUUGAAAAAAAUUAUAAUUUUUUCUGAGACGUGAUUACAUGAAAAUUUUAAUUUUUAAAUAUUUUUUUUAAUAUGAGACUAAACGCUGUCGGCCAUGAUGGUCUAUAUUUUAAAUGUUUCAUGACGUCACGAUAUCAAAUCCUUUACCAAACGGAGCGUUUGACAUUUACAAGAAAUCUUUGACUUUUAUUAAUUAAUAUCGAUAUAAAGAUUUCGGAUCCUUAUUCCAUGUACCUACUAUAUAAAAUUUAAUAUGAGUCAACUACCUACCCUAUUUGUGAAUGCUAAGUAUUAGUAUGUAUCAAGUUACUCGAACGAUGUAUAUUUGGAUUGUUGUAAGAAACCAGAAGAUAUUAAAAUGAUUAAAUGUUAAUAAUUUACUAUAAUUAUGUUUGUAUUCGAAUAUUUGUGUAACUUAUAGUGAAAACUGUAAUUUACAAUCCCUAACUAUGUCUCGAUGUCUGGAUACAUGUAAGUUAUAUUUGUAAUUGUAUGAUAACUAUGAUCACAAUAAAGAUAUUUAAUUGAU